GCUCCCCCCCGCCCCUCUGCCUCGCCUCCCCCGGGCCCCCGUCCAACCCGUGGUCCUCCCCCACGCCGCCGCCCCUGAUGCGGCCCGGCCCCGCCCCGCAGCAGGGGGUGAACGGCGGCAGCUGGAGCUCCACCUCGGCCGGCUCCUCCUCCUCCCCCCCCCCGCCCUGCCCCGGGGGCGGGGGUCCGCAGCCCAACCCCUACUGGACGGCCGUGUUCGACUACGAGGCGGCGGCGGACGAGGAGCUGACGCUGCGGCGCGGCGAGCCGCUGGAGGUGCUCUCCAAGGACUCCAAGGUGUCCGGCGACGAGGGCUGGUGGACGGGCAAGAUCCGGGACAAGGUGGGCAUCUUCCCCAGCAACUACGUCACGCGGCGGGACCCCCAGCUCGCCCCGGGGGGGGGGCUGGUGCCGGGCGCGGUGGGGGCCGGGGACCGCCCCUCGGAGAUCGACUUCUCGGAGCUGGUGCUGGAGGAGGUGAUCGGCGCGGGGGGCUUCGGGAAGGUGUACAAGGGGGUGUGGCGGGGGGAGGAGGUGGCGGUGAAGGCCGCGCGGCAGGACCCCGACGAGGACAUCAGCGUCACGGCCGAGAGCGUGCGGCAGGAGGCCCGGCUCUUCUGGAUGCUGCGCCACCCCAACAUCAUCUCGCUGCGCGGCGUGUGCCUGAAGGAGCCCAACCUCUGCCUGGUGAUGGAGUACGCCCGGGGCGGCGGGCUGAACCGCGCGCUGGCCGGCAAGAGGGUGCCACCCCGCGUGCUGGUCAACUGGGCCGUGCAGAUCGCCACGGGGAUGAACUACCUGCACAACCAGACCAUCGUGCCCGUCAUCCACCGAGACCUCAAGUCCAGCAACGGUCAGAUCAACCCUGGGACUCAGCGUGGGGUGAGACUGGACGGGGUGAGACUGGACGGGGUGAGACUGGACGGGGUGAGACUGGACGGGGUGAGACUGUACCGGGUGAGACUGUACGGGGUGAGACUGUACCGGGUGAGACUGGACGGGGUGAGACUGUACGGGGUGAGACUGGACGGGGUGAGACUGGACGGGGUGAGACUGUACCGGGUGAGACUGGACGGGGUGAGACUGGACGGGGUGAGACUGUACCGGGUGAGACUGGACGGGGUGAGACUGUACCGGGUGAGACUGUACCAGGUGAGACUGUACGGGGUGAUGCUGCCUCAGUGUGGGGUGAGACUGUACGGGGUGAGACUGGACGGGGUGAGACUGGACGGGGUGAGACUGUACGGGGUGAGACUGUACCAGGUGAGACUGGACGGGGUGAGACUGUACCGGGUGAGACUGUACCGGGUGAGACUGGACGGGGUGAGACUGUACCGGGUGAGACUGGACGGGGUGAGACUGUACCGGGUGAGACUGUACGGGGUGAGACUGUACCGGGUGAGACUGUACCAGGUGAGACUGUACGGGGUGAUGCUGCCUCAGUGUGGGGUGAGACUGUGA